CGCGCAUCGAGGCGUCUGGCCCAGCUUCCACUUCGUCACCACAGCUUCCCUGCCCUACCUUCGACCUGCGCAUCUGGCCAUCAAAAGAAAUCGGGCUCGAGAAGAACUGUGACCAGUUCAAGCUUGCCAACAUUUCCCUUGCAUAGUGUCCGGCGACCCGUCUGCCUUGUGGAAGAGACAACCCUUCUUCCCCGCCGUACCACAGCACUUCAUCCGACCUCCAUUUGCAGCACAGAUUCUGCAGGCGCCUAGUCCGACAAUGGUGUCCCUCUGGGGAAGCAAGAAAAAUGGCGAGCAACAGCAACCAGAAGAGGAGGAUCAAGAUCAAAGAGCCGCCUCUUCUCACAGCCAACCAAGCAGGCCUUCAGACGAGGCAAAUGAAAGAACAAGAUUGUUGCCUCGCCAUGAGCAUGGCGUGGGCUAUCUGAGUCCAGAUGAUCCUGCAGUCUCUCCCUACAAUCUAUGGAGUGUCCGGGCACUACGAUGGUUCGAGAUCCUCUUCCUAAUAGUCACCUGCUUCUGGUGGGUGUUGCUAUUCAUAUCUAUCUUCAUCAGCCCACCAGGCAUGCAUUCGCGAGGGUCCGGCUUCUUUGAUGUCGCCUAUACUACUCUUACCAUUGGCAACAUCCUGACAGCCCUCUUGUUCUUCGCGACGCCUUCAACUGCCAUGAGCAUCCUCCAGAUGGCUAUUUCCGUCUUGUUGCUCAUCGACAUGAUCAUCAUUCUAGCAGUGCCGCGGAUCAGAGUUGAAGAAGGCUGGAUUGGCGUUGCAUCGGUCAUUUGGGCUGCCCUGAUCGGAGCUUACAAUGUCAUUACGAACAGGACAGUCAAAUGGGGCAAGGCAGAAGAGGAAGAGCGCCUCACUGGUCGCCAGGAGACCCGACGCUCGCUACGGGAAUGGUGUGCUGUCUUCACAGCGACCUUUCUCAUGGUCAUCUUCGUGGCUAUCACGGUCCUCCUCACUGCGACACUGGUCCUGCGAUCAAGAGAUGCAACCUUGCAAGCUCCCGGGAAGCGGUAUUUGGUAGACGGAGACAAGUAUGCCGUUCAUCUGGCCUGUGUAGGCAACCAAACAUACGACGCUGAUGGAAAUCCAAAACCUACCGUAUUGCUUGAGGGUGGAUAUAUGCCUGUCGAGUACUCGUUCGAAGAAUGGGUCUAUGAUGCAUACGUCAAUGGCACAAUUGAUCGAUACUGCUACUGGGACCGACCUGGUUUGGCUUGGUCCGACAACGCCCCAUCUCCUCACUCGGCAGGAAUGUCUGCCGACGCCAUCUCAGAGGCAUUGGCAAUUGCAGGAGAAGACGGACCCUGGAUUCUCGUCUCCGCUGGCAUAGGCAGCAUCUACAGCCGUGUCUUCUCCGCCAGACAUCCGCGUGACGUCAAGGGCAUGAUGUUUAUCGACGGACUCCAUGAGGAUCUACUCUACAAAAUUGCAAGCCCUGGUCGAGGCUUUGUCUUGUGGGGACGUGGCAUCAUAUCGCCACUCGGUUUGGACAGACUUGCCGGAGCCCUAUUCAAAGGCCGUACGAAGGAGGACCGAGUCUUUGGCAGAUCAUCCUACCAGGGCGGCAAGUUCAUCAAGAACAAGCUACAGGAGAACUUGGUGGCCGAAUCAUUCACGAAGAAUGAGGUCGUCAGUGCACGCAAUAUCCAAGAUCCCAGUACGCCAUUGGUUGUUGUUACCUCCGGAGUUCAUCUCAAGCGCGACAAGGACUGGGAGCGGAAGCAGCAGGAUUUAACCAAAGUCACGGACAAAUUGCUGGCCUGGGAUAUUGUCAAGGGCGCUCCGCCCGAGGAGGUUUGGAGGUCGGAACAGGGGAAGAAGGUACUGGAGAAGAGACUGGGUCAGUUAUACAAGGGGACAUGACCGACAAACUGCCUCUUUUUGGAAGACGGGGUUAUGAUCAUACUGUUCAGCAACAAAAUGGCGUUAAGGAACAGGAAUACGCAGUCUGUACCAGCAGAGUCAUCAUUAGCCAGUGGAGUUUACAUCACAAUCUAAUAAUCAACUGUGUUUUGGGUGUGUG